GUUAUUAUUAUUAUUAUUAUUAUAACUAAUACUAUGUUCAUACGAAAAUCAUGAUGUACACAUUACAUUAAACUAAAUGAGAGAGAGAAAAAGAAGGAUAAAUCUUCAUGUAAAUAUUAUACAAAUGAGAUAUUUUUCUAUCUUCUACAUCAUUUCGUUUAAUUGGUAUACUUCUGUAACUUCUAUAUAUAUAGAACCAACCUAUCAUGAUUAGUUGUUAACAGGUACAACAUCAUACUAUUUAAUGCCAAUUAAUUUGUGAACAAUACUCAACUAUAAUGUAUUGCUUACAUUAAAUUAUAAAUGAUGUUUCUAAUGCUGUUUCACAAUGGAUAUUAGAAAAUUCCUCAAAGAAUCCAUACAUAUAUAUGUAUGUACCCUUAGGAAUUAUUAGAUAUAUUUGAAAAAAAAAAUAGAAAAAUAUCAUCCAUCGAAAAGAAAAUUAUCCAUAGAAACAGUAUUGACUUGGUUAAUUUAUUAAAUAGUUAGUUUAUAUAUUGGUUUCUUUGGGUCUUAAUCACAAUAACACAUUAUUGACGUCAGUGAAGAAACAAAACAAAAACAACGACAGCAAAAACAACCAUUCAUAGAUUACAGUACAUUCGAGGAAUUAUUCUAUCCUCUUCUUUCAACUGGUAACUUAUGCAGUUAUAUAUAAUGAACACUUAAAAUGCAAGUUGAUUUCAUACUAAAAUUCUUCAUUUCUAUUUCAUUAUUAUUAAAUAUUUAUAUCAUUAAAUCUAUUCCUAUUCAUGAACCGAAUGUAUUUUAUGUAAAUGAUGAUACAAAUGAAGGUCAACGAAUAGGUCGUAUUACACAUUUCAUUAAUAAUAAUAAUAAUAAUAAUAAUCAACCUAUCAAUUUUAAAACGGAUCAUUUCAAAGCUGUCAUUGUACGUGGUAAUCGUCCACCAGCUAUUUAUUUUCGUUUAGAUGAAAAUACUGGUGAUUUAUAUACACGUACUAUUAUUGAUCGUGAAGUAUUAUGUUUAAAACAAUAUCAAAUCAAUAAAAAUUUAAAUAAUAUACAAACUAAUUUAAAUAUUGAUUAUUCUCAAAUUAAUUAUCAAUAUAGAUCAAUAUUAUCAUCAAAUUCAAAAAUUAUAGAUCAAUGUAAAUUUACAUUUCAAAUAGCAUUACAUCGUAGAUUUAUAACUCAACAAUUAAAAAAUGAACAUACAAUAGAAUCGAAUUAUCCUUAUUUACCAGAAUUUAUUGAUAUACAUAUUAUAAUUAUUGAUCGUAAUGAUCAUAUUCCUACAUUUCAACCACAUUCAAUGAUUAAUUUAUCAAUACCAGAAUCAGUUCCAAUUGGUACACGUAUACAAUUACCAUUAGCAUAUGAUCCAGAUUCACCAGAAUUUAGUAUACAACGUUAUGAAUUAUAUCCUAUCACUAUAAAUGAUUUUACAUUAUAUAUAGAAACAAAAGAUAUUCUAUAUAAUACAAAUAUAAUACAAGAAAUAACUGGAUUAUAUUUAGAAGUUAAAACAAUACUUGAUCGUGAAUUAUGUGAUCAUUAUAUACUUGAAGUGAAAGCAUAUGAUUCAUCAUCUAUAACAAAUACAAUCAUUUCAUCAUCCAUAAAUGAUAAUCGUAAUAUUUUAAAAAUAUAUUUAACUAUUGAAGAUAUUAAUGAUAAUGGACCAAUAUUUCAACCACAAACUAAUAAUAUUACACAAAUGGAAUCAUCUACUGAUAAUAUACCUAUUUCAGUAAUAUCAUCAUUAACAUCAAUACAAUCAACAAAUAUAUUAUGUUAUAAAGUUGAAGUGAUUGAAUCAAGCUGGAUUAAAUCACCUAUCUUAAAAUUAAUUACAAAAGAUUUAGAUAGUGCGAAGUAUUCAUUAACAAAAUAUGAAUUUGCUACAAAUACUGAAUAUAUAAUAAAACAAUUAUUUAAAUUAAAUGAACAUACUGGUGAAUUAUAUUUAAAACAACCAUUAGAUUAUGAAAAACAUACUAGUUAUACAUUUGAUGUAUUAGCUAUUGAUAGUGAAUAUGAUCGUCGUAGUAAAUUAGAUAAUAAUCUACAAUUAGUGAAUUCUCGUAUACAAAAUAAUAUUUUUACAUCUACAGUAAAUAUCAUUGUUAAUGUAAUAGAUAUUAAUGAUGAAAUACCUAUAAUUGAAUUAGAUUAUUUAAGAAUAGAUGAAACAACUGGUAGACCAGCUACAUUUGCACAUAUUGAAGAGAAUAAUGAACCACCACAAUUUAUAGCGGAUAUUUUAGUUACUGAUCGUGAUGCUAAUGCAUUGAAUAGUCAUGUCAUUUGUACAUUAGUAAAUAAAUCAAAUAGAAUACACAAUAAUAAUAAUAAUAAAACCGAUACAAUCAAUACAUCAUUUCAAUUAACUGAAGUAAAACGUCAACCUGGUCUAGUACAAUAUAAUAUGUUAACUGUAAAUAGUUUAGAUAGAGAAAUAAAUGGUGCAAUUCUACGUAUAAAAAUUCAAUGCACUGAUUCUGGUGAAAUAAAAAAAACAUCUGAAAUGGAUAUUAUUAUACAUAUUAUAGAUGUAAAUGAUAAUAGUCCAUCAAUACAACUUAUAUCACAAACUUUGCAUACAACACCAAAUUCUAAUGAUAAUCUUAUUCAUUUAAAAGAGAAUACACCAACUGGUACAAUUAUUGCUUAUUUUAAUAUAACUGAUAUUGAUUAUGGUGAGAAUAGUCGUACAACAUGUAAACUUUUAUCAAUCAUAAAUGAUUCAUUAUUAUCAUUAAAUAUUCAUGAUUAUUUUCAUAUUGAUCCAAUAACAUGUAAUUUAAUCAUACAAAAACCAAUUGAUCGUGAAUUCACUUAUCCACCAUUAAAUAUUAUUGAUUUAAUUAUUGAAAUUCAUGAUCAUGGUCAACCAAUCCAUAAAUCAACUAUAAAUAUAAAAUUAAAAAUUAUUAAUGAAAAUGAUAAUAAACCAUUAUUUCAACAUAAAUUUUAUCAAUUUAAUAUUAAAGAAAAUUUACCAAUUGGUGUUAAUGUUGGUCAAUUAAUUAUUACUGAUUUAGAUGGGGAUUAUGAUCAAUUAAUUGUGAAAUUACAUAAACAAGAACAAUUACCAUUUCAAUUAUGGAAAUCAACUAUCUCUUCAUCAUCAUCAUCAUCAUCAUCGAUCAUUAAUCAAUAUGAACCAAAUGUUAUGAUAUAUUAUUUAAAUACAACAAAAAUACUUGAUCGUGAAGAAAAAUCAAUUUAUGAAUUUGAUGUUUAUGCAAAUGAUUUAAUCAAUGAUAAUAAUCAAUUAUAUAAUCAAUAUAAAUUAUCAAUCAAUAAUAAUAAUGAUAAUCAUAAAACAAGUACAACAGUAUUAGUUACAAUUGAAGAUGAAAAUGAUAAUGAUCCAAUAAUCAUAUUUCCACAACAAUCAGAUAAAAUAUUUAUUUUAUCAAAUUUAGAAAAAAAAUAUUAUCAAUUAAUGACAGUCAAUGUAAAUGAUAAAGAUUCUACAUCAAAUACAUUUAUAUUUAUGUUAGAACAAGAAGAUUACAUAAAAAUCAAUAAUAAUAAUCAUACAUUAAAAAAUAGUCAAUCAAAUGAAAUCGAUAUCGAUCAUCCUAAAUCAUUAAAUCCAAUUAAUCAAUUACCAAUCAAUUCAUUUUUAGAUAUUGAUCGUAGUUUAGGUAAUAUAUAUUUAAAUAGAGAUUUACAACAAAAUGAUACAGGUACUUAUAUUUAUUAUAUUAUUGUACAUGAUAGUAUAAUUAAUCCACGUACAGCUUCACUUCGAUUUAUUGUUAAAAUAGAAUCAAUACCAUUAUAUACAAAUCAAUUAAAAUCUAAUUAUUUAUUAAAAAAUCAAUAUAAUGAAAAUAUGAUAAUGAAUACAAAAUAUAUUGAAACAAAUGAUGAUUAUACUACUUAUUAUUCUACUAAUAAAAAAUUAAAUAAUUCUUCUAAUUUAUUAUUAUCAGCAUUAUCACCAUCAUCUAUAUUAUAUUCAUCAUCAUCUAAACAAUUAACAUAUCGUUUAACAAAUGAUACAAUAUUAAUACUUUCAUUAGGUUUAAUAUUAUUAAUAUUAUUAGCUACAUUAUGUUUAAUUAUAUUUGCACGUCAUUGGUCAUCCAAUUCAACGAUACAACAUCAUUCUAUUAUAACAUCAGAUAAAAUUCAAUGUUCUAAAUUAUUUUGUUUGAAUACAUCAAAUCAUAAACAAUUAACUAAUAAUAAUAAUAAUAAUAAUAAUAAUAUGAAAAUGGAUAAAAUUGAAGUGAUGAGCAUCUUACAACCAACACAUUCUCAUUCCUAUUCUCAUUCACCAAAUACACAGAAUACUUGUUCACCAACUAACUGUAAUAUUAAUAAUGAUAAUAGUAAUAAUAUGAGAAUAGAUCAAAAUGAAGUGAUGAGCAUGUUACAAUCAACACAUUCCCAUUCUCAUUCCUAUCCCUAUUCACCAAAUACACAGAAUACUUGUUCACCAAUCAAUUGUAAUAAUAAUAAUAAUAAUAAUACAAUACAAUCAUUCAAUACAUUCAAUACACAUUUGAAUGAUUCAUAUAAACAAAAAACUAUAGAUACAGAUAAUAUUUAUUAUCAUGAUUGUAAACAAUUUACAUUAUUACCUAUUAUAACAAGUUCAUAUAAUUCAAUGAAUGAAUUAUAUCCAAUUGAUGAUUAUACAACAUUACAAACAAUGAAUACAUGUAAAUGUUAUACACCAUCAUCUAUAAAAUCUACUACAUAUAAUAUAAAUCAUAAUUUCAAUGAUUCUAUUAUAAUACAACCUAUAAAACAUAAUACAUUACAAUUCAAUCAAUUGACUACUACAACUACUACUACUAAUAAUAAUAGUAAUAGUAAUAAUAAUCCUAUUUCAUAUUAUACAAGUUUAUCACCAAAAUUAAAGUCUGAUCAUUUCAUUGAAAAACGUAAAGUAAGAAUUAUGUCAAUGGAUGAAAAUACCGAUAAUGAAAUAGAGAAAAAUCCUCCUUCUGAAUAUUUAACAACUUGA